CGCGGCUGCCGAGCGGCGCUGGAGGGGCCGGGGCGUUGCGAGCUGUGCGGGGCGGCUGCGCGGCUCCGCUGCCCUCGCUGCCGCCUCACGCACUACUGUGAUGUAGACCAUCAAAAAGCUGACUGGGUUAGUAUCCAUGAGCGAAUAUGCCAGCUGCUGAUUCCAAUCCGUACAUCCCUCCCUUGUCUCCUUUCUGAAAAAGAAAGAAAACAUGGCAUGGAACAGCUGGUGAAGAGGCAGAAAUACAUCAUUGAUGUCGCAUCCAGCACAGCCCAGGAGUUUGUUUUGGAUGGGAAGCAUAAAGAAGCGAUACCUGCAGCUUUACAUGCACUGCGCUUCGCUACCGAAGUGUACGGCUCAAAUUCCGUGCAACUAGUGCCUGCUUAUCUCCUCUUGGCUGAGGCCUCCGCUGGUGUUGGCCGUCUUCCACAGGCAUCUAAGUAUCUCUCCCAAGCCCAGUGGAUUGUCCUCAGAACUCCAGACUGCAGCGUUGCUCUUCAGUGUAAACUGCAUCGUAGUCUGGGGCUUUUCUGCGCUGCUGAAGGAGACUUUGAACAGGCUUUGUAUCACCUGGCAAACGAUAUUUACCUUGCUAGUUCUACAUUUGGACUAAAAUCUAUUGAGACCUCUGGAGGUUAUUUCCACAUGGCCAAUGUUUUCUUUCAGCAGAACAAAACGGACAUAGCAAACUCACUGUAUGCUAAGGUAACUGACAUCUGGCAUGCUUUUCUUGUGAAGGCAGUUCAAGCGCAAGAACAAAGUCUCAGCUCACGGCUGGAAAUGUCUCCGUUCGCCGAGGAGAAGGAAGUCAGCGAAGACCUGAUGACCGAAGCCCAGCAAGCAGAAGCAACCCGAGUGCUGAGCGCCGUGUUAGCUAGCAGGGAGCAGGCACCAAAGCAACAGCCUGGGGAAACCGCCAGAGUUCUGCAUGCCCUCGCCAUGCUUUAUUACCUGACCCUGGAUUUGUCAAAGGCUCGUGAGGUGGGGGUGAAAGCCUUUGACCUGGUGAAACAACUGCCCCAACAUGAGUCUCUAGAAACUAUCGGUCAUUUGUUAAAGUUGAUUAACGCCAAGCUUCCCUGCGCAAAAUAAAGAGCUCUCUCCACCAGA